GUCAUUCAUGUCACAAUUUUGUCAUAUUCAAUUCGCAUUAGAGUUUUGUUUUCUCAUAAUAAACAUUACAAAACGGGAUUACCAGACAUGUUAAAUGAUCAUUAUGAGGUGGGAUGAAAAUGAGACGUACCAAUUUGUGAAACUUUAUCUCAGUAAAAAUUUCUUAUGGAAUCCGAAUCACGAAAAGCAUAAUUUGAAAGAUGAACGAAGGAAAGCGUAUAAAAAGAUUAUUGAAGAGUUCAUGUCUCUUACUGGGAUACAACUCAAUGAAUACGGAGUGAAAAUUAAGAUAAAAAAUUUACGAUCCACAUAUUCGCAAGAAAUUAAUAAAAUACGGACACGAUCAGGACCAACGUCUAAAUAUACGCCUACUAUCAAGUGGUUUGCGGAUUGGCAUCGAUGUUUUCAAAGCAUAUCUGGAAAAACAGAUAUUGAUACAGUUUAUGAUGAUCCCACUAGUGAAUCAGACAACAAGCCAUGGUUAACCAUUAACAUAGACCAGAGUAAUGAGGAAGGAAACAUAGAUCCUUUUGCAUCUGACAACCAGAAUUAUAAUUUAGAAACAAAUUCAAAAUGUAUCAAAAACGUGAACAGUAGAGUUACAUUAUGUAAGAAAAAGAGAAAAAAAAUGAAAUUAAUAAGUUCCGGUAUACAAAAGGACAGAUUAAGAAGUGAUGCAAGUUUGCCACCAAGAGAAGAUGAGUUUGAUAUAUAUGGACGGUAUGUUGCAUCACAGCUGAGACAGAUGGAUAUACAGAAGGCUUUACAAUUGCAACUUGCAAUACAGAACCUAAUGAGCGAAGCAAGGAUUGCAGACUUAGAUGAAAUGUAGAAAGAAGUAAAACUAUCCAUUCUAAUUACUUUGAUAUCAGCAAAUAAUAGAAUAAUAGUGAAUACUGUCUCUAUGUAAAAAAAUCCAAUGAUCAUGUAAUAGUAUCAUUAAAAUCUAUAUUACUAAUGUAUUUUUAAGAAUCUGUAUGUUAAAUGCACUAUUAACUUAUGACUAAUGAACAAAUACUGAAUAGACUUAAAUAUUUUACAGCCUCUUGAAUGAUAAGGCCAUGCUUACUCCAAAUUCUAAUAAAAUCAUGACAUCUGUUGGAUUGUAAGCUGCACUUCAAAGUAAAGUAUUAGUUUUUGGGCUGCAAGCAAUAUCCUCCAUAAUCAUAGGAAAGGAUUAAGGUGAACAAAAUAAAUAUACUAAAGAAACUGCAAGUCUGAUUUUUAUUGCUGUUACAGCAUCCGUUUACAAUAUAAACAAACAUUUAUCGCUUACGUUUCACUAGUGACAACUCAGAUCAUUUAGAUUGUACCAAAGAUUUUCCCAUAUCUCAAGUCUGGGGUACAUGUUAAUGAAAAUAUACAUUGCUGCCUACGCUGUUGACACAGUCGACCACGUCAAAAUAAAGAGUCAGUGGGUCGCAUCCAAAUCUAAAAACUAGAUUAAGUACUUCGAGAGUUCAGAGUCUUUAAAUAAAAAAAAAACGGAAGUCUGACUUCAAGGGCAGUGAAUUCAGAUUGUAAAAAAACUAAACGUCUAAAAAAACUUAGAUUAUAAAUAACAUUAAAAGGCGGCAAAAGGUGCGUGAGAUACAACAAACAUGACCACGCAGCCUCCUGCACCUAAGGUUUAAGACUAGAGUUGACAAUGUUACAAUCUCAAUAAAAUACAACAACUUUAUUGCUAUAUCCCAUGUGCGUUUACUCUGUGAUGUUGGCACACAUUAAAAACCUCAAUCAGUGGGCAUAGAUUAAAAAAAUCACAGAUAGAGCAAAGAUGUGAAGAUUUACAACCACAACAGUCUGUAACAACUAUUAAUCAUGAAAUCACACUCAAAGGACACUAUUUGAAAAUCAAAAAAUUUGCAUAUCGUCACCAUUAUGACAAAAAUUUGAACUUAAAAACUACAGACAUUUGUGAUUGUUUCCGACAAUUUGAAUAAAAUUAAUUAACAUAUAAAAAAACGUUGUGUCAUUGUUUUUUAUAUAUCAAAACAAAACGAAAUUCAGUACAACUAUAAACUUAAAACUAUCACGACUUGUUCCAUACAUAACAGAAAUAUGGUCAAAAA